AUGGCCCAUCCCCACUCCUACCACCCCGUCGGCGUCGACAUCCCCAACUACGUCCCCAAUGAAUGGAGCACUCUAGCCCUAGUUUCGACCUUUGCUGCCGUUGCUGUAGCGGUGCUGGCAACAGCAAAAACUCUCGCUACCAAGUCAAACCCUAACAUCUCCAUCCCGGACCUCUCCACCGUUCUCUGGUUUUCACUAUGCUCCCCCAUCCACUUCGUCCUCGAGGGCUACUACGCCUCCAACUUCACCACCCUCCAGGGCUCGCAGCACAUCCUCGCCCAGCUCUGGAAAGAAUACUCCCUGUCUGACUCGCGCUACCUCACGUCCGACGGCUUCAUGGUGAUCAUGGAGUCCGUGACCGCCUGGGGCUGGGGUCCGUUGUCCCUGAUUCUCGCGUACUUUAUCGUCACCGAUAAUGCCUUCCGCCACCCACUGCAGAUUAUCAUCUCCCUUGGUCAGCUUUACGGGAACAUCCUGUACUACGGGAUCUGUGCGUUUGACUUUUUGGUGUAUGGGGUUGAGUACUCGAGGCCUGAGAAUUAUUACUUUUAUGGGUACUUUGUGUUUUUGAAUGCCUUUUGGAUUGUUAUUCCGGUUUACCUCAUUUCUGAUAGUGUGAGAUCCUGCGCCGCGGCUUUUGCGGACGUCAAGAGGUUGAAGACGGCUGGAAUUAAUGGGAGUGCGAAGAAAACGACUUGA